AUGCGAGGUCCAGGUUGGAUGGCGUGGUGGGGCAACGCGACAGGACGCGUCCAGGCGUGGAAGUGCCCUCCGGGAACUGCAAUUGGCCCGUGCAGGGGCGGGUGCUGUGCCUCUGGGCAGCAGCCUGGGGCAACUCUGGCUGAGGUGCGUCAUGGGUGGCAGAUGGCAGGGACCAUUUCCCCCAACCGCAACCCACGCAAAGCGGACCCCGGCACCUCAGCUCAUCGAUGCGAGGGCAAGGCAUGA